UCAGAAAGGCAGAAGAGAAUUGCUCAUUUGCAGGCAAAGUUAUUCCUGGCUGCUGCUGAUGGAGCGGUGAGGGUCAAGAAGAGGAGAGGACCUCACAGGGGAGAGGACUUCACCCUGAUGCAGGCACUCAUAAAGGCAGACUUUUGGCUCAUGUUCACCUCUCUUCUGCUGGGAUCAGGUUCAGGGUUGACAGUCAUCGACAAUCUCGGCCAGAUGAGUGAGUCUCUAGGCUAUGAUGAAGCUCAUAUUUUCGUGUCCAUGAUCAGUAUUUGGAACUUUCUUGGAAGAGUAGGCGGAGGCUAUUUGUCCGAGGUUAUUGUGAGGGACUAUGCAUAUCCUAGGCCAGUGGCUUUGGCUGUCUUUCAGGUUGUAAUGGCAAUUGGACACUUAUUCUUUGCCAUGGCUUGGCCUGGAACAAUGUACAUAGGAACCCUACUGGUUGGACUUGGAUAUGGAGCUCACUGGGCCAUUGUUCCUGCUGCAGCAUCUGAGUUGUUUGGCUUGAAGAACUUUGGUGCUCUGUACAAUUUCCUCACGGUAGCUAAUCCCGCAGGCUCACUAAUCUUUUCUGGCCUGAUUGCCAGCGUAAUCUACGAUUAUGAAGCAGAGCAGCAAGCCCGGAAACACCACAAAUCACUUGUACGAAUCCGAAGAUUAUUCGAAGUUGCUUCAUUCAGUGGGGAGGAAACAGUGAAAUGCACAGGGGCAAUCUGUUUCUUCCUCAGCUCACUAAUAAUGUCGGGACUUUGCGCCAUCGCUGUUGUUCUGAGUCUGAUUCUCGUUUACAGGACUAGAAUUGUGUACCGAAACCUUUAUAGUAGAACUCUCAAAUAGUUCGGAACCUUUGGGA